GGGAGGCUGGGCUAUGCCGCUUGGCUGUGGCUUUGCAAACUCUAGAAAGGUCCCCAGCGGUUGGAGGUGGCUUGUGGCAGCAGGACUCCGCAGACUCAAAUGUAGACUCACACGUGGAGCAUCCUGUGGUGUGUCCUGUCCCGAGAUCUGGCUGGCGGGAAAGGUGUGGAACUAAGCCCAGCCCAGCCUGGAAAGUUUGGGCUCCAGGGAUGAGUCUGCCAGUAGGCUGAGCCCCAGGAACCUGCUGGAGUACCGUGGGGACAUGGCGUCUUGGCUCUGGAGAAGGCUUCGUGGCAAGAAACGGUCAGUGAUGGCCCUCUGCCUCUUGAUGAUACUGUCUGCAGUGGCUAUCACUCAUUUUCCUCCAGGACAUCCAGCUUCUACCCCAGGACUUAGUCCCAUGGAACCUCGGGGGGAAAUUGGCGUGUCUCACCCCAGGAUUCAGCGGACUUUGAACUCAAGCCGCAGGCAGCCAGUGAGGAACCUGGGCCUCUGGACAGGACAGGCUUUGCCCAGAAAUCCCAUGUUGGUCUGUGCCAAGAAGCAAAGCCAUAGAAGGCAAGUGGACAGAAGCAGACAGCCACUGAGUGUCAGGAGAGGUGUCACUGUGACAGGAGAUCCGACACUCAGUGCCCAGCAUCGUGAGCUCCUAACAGACGAGGAGGUCAGAGAUGCGGGAGGAGCAGCUCUGGACCAGCCUAGCCAUGAUGGUUUAGUCCAAGAGACACAGAGCAAGACAGCCACCAUGGCUAUCCCACUCACAGGGAGCAGCCAGGCAUCGAUCCCGGCAUGGAGAGAUGCUGCUGCCGUGAGCUUUAGGCCACAGCCAGCAGACGGCAGAGCUCCUCUGCCAGGAGCCAAGAACAACAUCUUGACUGGGGCUGCCACCUCAGUGUCAGGGGCUCCAUGGUGGCCUGGCUCUGCUGAGGACCUGCAGAAGUCCCCAUGGUGUGGUACUGAGACCCCUGGGCUGGCCAGCACUGCAGCAUGGGAGCAGGUCCCACCAUGGUUCACAGAGCAUGACAUGCAGACUCUCUGGCUACUGGCCCACGGGGAGGUGGUGGGCAAAGCCAGGGUACCUGCCCAUGGGCAGGUACUGCAGGUUGGACUAUCUGCUGGGGAUGCCCACCAGGACAUCUCUCCUCUCAGGCUCAGCCAGCUCUGCUCCCAGGGUCUCUGUGGCCUGAUUAAGAGGCCCAGGGACCUGCAUGAAGUCCUGUCCUUCCACAUGGACCGUGUGCUGGGUCUCCAGCGGAGCCUGCCCGCCGUAGCCCGGAGCUUCCACAGUCCCCUUCUGCCCUACCGCUACACAGAUGGCAGUGUGAGGCCAAUCAUCUGGUGGGCGCCAGAUGUGCAGCACCUAAGAGACCCAAAUGAGGACCAGAACUCUCUGGCCUUGGGCUGGCUGCAGUACCAGGCCUUGCUGGCCCGAGGCUGCAGCUGGCCAGGCCAGAUCCCAUGCCUAGGCAUCCACCAUACUGAGUGGGCACGUUUGGCUCUCUUUGACUUUCUGCUUCAGCCUGCCCAACCCUGCCUCCUCACUGAGACCCAAUGCUUUCAUCUCAGUCCUCAGCAGCAGAGUCUGACACCAGGAUCCCAGCAAGACUGAUCUACCUGUAGGAGAGAAGGAAGCCAUCCAAAGGAGUAUGGGACCCAAUCCCACCGUGAAACUUUCAGGAGUGGUGGGAGAUGACUGGUGGGUUCCAGGCUGGUCUGGGGAGGGUGAGUAGGCUAGGGUGCUUGUACUAACCCCCAACACACACACACACUCACACACACACACACACGCCAAGUAGCAACUGUCAGUACUUUGUGAACACAUUUUGCUGUGUAGAAAUCUCACUUUGCUCUGUGAAAAUGAUUAAGCUUUGCUUUGGGACUUGUAUGAUUUUUUUUUCAAAAGGCCACCCCUGGCUUUGGUUAUUUAAAAAAGUUCUCUUCUGUUUUCUUAUGCAUCUUGGAUCCAUCUGGAAGUAUUUCGAGCCUAAAUGUCCCAGUGCCAUUUGUUGGAGACGAAUUUCCUCCAUUUGAAAUGCUGCCUUUCCCAGAUAGCCAGCUUCUUCAUGUAUGUGGUGCUAUUUCCAGAGUGUUCUGCUCCAGUUACCAAACUCACCAUGCUUUCAUUACAAGGGGUGUGUGUCUCUCUCACUGCUCAUUUGCAGAAUUUGCUGGGACAGUGUUUUCAUGUGACUUUACCAUUACUGUGUUACUUCUAUUCUUUCAUCCCCAAAUCCUUCUGGGACUUCAUUGGAAUUAAAUUAAUUUUUUUGAACUGAUGGCAACCCUAAAAUGUACCACUCACUGGGCAUGGUGGUGGCAUACACCUUUAAUCCCAGGACUCAGGAAGUAGAGACAGGGGGAUCUCUGUGAGUUCUGGGCCAGCCUGGUCUACAUAGUAAGUUCCAGGACAGCUGGCUACACGGAGAGACCCAGACUCAAAACCAAACCAACCCAAACCAACUCAACCAACCAACCAACCAACCAACCAACCGACCGACCGACCAACCAACCAAGCUUGUUUCAUACUUGCCAGGGACAGGGUCCUAGUGCUCCAUCUGCCCAUGUUUCUGAGAAGCAUUUGCGUCUUCUUCAGUGGGUCUGCCCUGGCUAGUUUUAUGUCAACUUGACACAAGCUGGAGAUACCUGAAAGGAAGGAAGUCAAUUGAGAAAAUGUCUCCAUGAGACCCACUUGCCAACCCUUCUCUUGAUUAGUGGUUGAUGGGGGAGGGUCCAGGUCACUGUGGGUGGAGGUAGCCCUCGGAUGUGGUGGUCCUGGAUUCUAUGAGAAAGAAGGCUGAGCAAGCAAGAAAGCAGCAUCCCUCCAUGGCCUCUGCAUCAGCUCCUGCCUCCAGGUUCCUGCCCUGACUUCCCUCAGUGAUGGAUGGAGUGUUAGCUACAGGUGUAAGCCAGAUAAAGCCUUUCCUCCCGUGUUUCGUCAGUGACAAUGGCCCUAAGACCGGGUCUUCCUUCACUUUUGUCAUUUAGUUCUUCUUGGAUAUUUCUUCUCCCUGUGGCCAUCAAAGACAGGAUCUUUCCUUCCAGCAUCCGCCCACAGUGGCUGCUCCCUGGCUGUGGAGGGGCUGUGACUUCUUUUUUUUUUUUUUUUUUUUUUUUGGUUCUUUUUUUCGGAGCUGGGGACCGAACCCAGGGCCUUGUGCUUCCUAGGUAAGUGCUCUACCACUGAGCUAAAUCCCCAGCCCCUGGGCUGUGACUUCUAUAUGGUCUUCCUGUACUAACUUCAUCCUCCACCCAUACCACGUGGGCAGGUGGGCAGGGUGUGGACGUGCUGAGGCCAGAGGUUGCCGGCUUUUGAGUUGCUUUCCUUAGGUGCCUGUUGAACUCAUUGGCCUGUAGCCAGCCUCUCAGGCCUUCCUGGCUGUGGUUGAUCCCGGAGAGCCGUUGUCUUCCCUUUCCCCGCACCGCACACAGGCGCACGUGCCAGCAGGCCUAGGGAAUCCGUUGGCUUGAUUUGUUUUAAAUUUUGUUCGUGUGCAUGCAUAUGUGCAUAGGUGUACACAUGUGCGCGUGUGCCUGAAGAAUGUACUCUGGGAAAGGUAAUGCUCAUAUGAAGGAAAGAGUGAAUCCCACCCCCAGCAAACCCUAGGACACUUGGGCUGCCAAGUAGGAAAGAAAUGGAGGCGGGUCCCAUCUGAAGGGCGUGGGCCACAAUAAUACCAGACAUCUCUUCUGGAAUCCGUCUGGCUUGGCCCAGAAGCCAGAUGAGUCUAGUCAGAGGAAUAGGGCCACCCACACCCUGUGCUGCCCCCACCCACUGGCCUUCCAUCUCCGUCAGAUGGGCCUAUGGCCUUCCUUGGCCAAUUGCAGUGCCUUGUCCCACCUAGAUAUUCUAUUUGGGACAUGACAGAGCCAGGCCUUCCCUGAAACCAAGUGGUAGGUAUGAUGGGCCAGUGACUACAAGCCUCCUUGGUGACCCUGUGACCUCAGGCCUCCUUGGUGACCCUGUGACCUCAGGCCUCCUUGGUGACCCUGUGACCUCAGGCCUUCUUGAGGAUUCUGUGACCUCAGGCCUUCUUGAGGAUUCUGUGACCUCAGGCCUUCUUGGGGACCCUGUGACCUCAGGCCUCCUUGGGGACCCUGUGACCUCAGGCCUCCUUGAGGACCCUGUGACCUCAGGCCUCCUUGGGGACCCUGUGACCUCAGGCCUCCUUGGGGACUCUGUGACCUCAGGCCUCCCUGGUGACCCUGUGACCUCAGGCCUUCUUGGGGACCCUGUGACCUCAGGCCUCCUUGGGGACCCUGUGACCUCAGGCCUC